AACGCUGAGAUAGAUGGCCGAUUCUGGUCGCUGUUUGCAACAGGGUGCUCACUUUGAACACUCACUGUUGUAGCCCAUGGCUUUGACAUGGCAGCGAAAAUCUUUGACAUUUUUCACAUUUUUUAAAAGAAGCCCCAUCAUACGCCCCUAUAAAAAGCCUCAGGGACCGUGUUGUCCUGUGUCAGAUCCCCAGAAAGUCCCCGCGGGAUUCGGGAUGAACUAAAAAAAAAAAUAGACCGCAAGAAUAACGAUUUUUUUUGUGGACAAGAUGACGGUUGAAAACGUUGCUGUUUUCCUCCGUAGUUGGCUCAGCCGGCGGGAGUUGUUGAAGAUUUCACUGGAGCAUUUUCGGACCACCUCGAAGAAGAAAACACGGUGGAGAGACUUGUUGCUUCAACACGUUUUGACCGUGCUUUUUUAAUCGCCAUCGAAGUUUUGUGUCUCUCCCUAGUCUGCUCCAGGCUUCAGCUUGGAGAGCCCAACCGCCACGAUUGAUCCCAGUAGCUGGAGCGGCAGCGAGAGCCCUGCCGAGGACAUGGAGAGGAUGAGCGACUCGGCAGACAAGCCCAUGGACAAUGAUGCCGAGGGGGUGUGGAGCCCUGAUAUUGAACAGAGCUUCCAGGAGGCUCUGGCCAUCUAUCCUCCUUGUGGACGCAGGAAGAUCAUCCUCUCUGAUGAGGGAAAGAUGUAUGGUCGAAAUGAACUGAUAGCCAGAUACAUCAAGCUUCGGACCGGGAAGACGAGGACUCGGAAGCAGGUGUCUAGUCACAUACAGGUCUUAGCAAGAAAGAAAGUUCGAGAAAUCCAAGCUGCCAUUAAGGUACGUCUGGCUUUGCCCAGUUGCAGGGGGCUUUUCAUUGCCAUGGUUACAGGCUCUUCCUUUGUUUUCCUCCCCUCCCCUACCCCGCAGGUGUCUAGUCACAUUCAGGUUCUUGCCAGAAGGAAAUCUCGUGAGUUUCAUUCCAAGCUAAAGGUUACAAGCAUGGACCAAGCCGUGAAGGACAAAGCCCUCCAGAGCAUGGCCUCCAUGUCCUCGGCUCAGAUCGUCUCUGCCACGGCUAUUCACAACAAGCUUGGCCUGCCAGGCAUCCCGCGCCCAGCCUUCCCUGGAGCAGGGUUAUGGCAGGGUAUGAUAUCGGCUGGUCAGCCAGGAUCCUCACAAGAUAUUAAGCCUUUCACCCAGCAAGCCUAUCCCAUUCAGCCAGUCACAACAGCCAUUUCAAGUUACGAGCCCACAGCAGCUCCAGCUCCCACAGCACCAGCAUGGCAGGGACGCUCCAUCGGUACAUCUAAACUCCGACUUGUGGAGUUCUCUGCCUUUCUAGAGCAACAGAGAGACCCAGACUCAUACAACAAGCACCUAUUUGUACAUAUCGGACAGACAAAUCAUUCCUACAGUGACGCCCUGCUGGAGUCGGUGGACAUUCGUCAGAUUUAUGACAAAUUCCCAGAAAAGAAAGGAGGACUGAAGGAGCUGUAUGGAAAAGGUCCCCAGAAUUCCUUCUUCCUUAUAAAAUUCUGGGCUGACUUGAACUGCAACAUUCAAGAUGAUACCGGAUCUUUCUACGGAGUCACGAGUCAGUACGAGAGCUCGGAGAACAUGACCAUUACGUGUUCAACAAAGGUCUGCUCCUUUGGCAAGCAGGUGGUCGAGAAAGUUGAGACUGAAUAUGCACGGUUUGAGAAUGGACGCUUUGUCUACCGCAUAAGCCGGUCUCCCAUGUGUGAAUACAUGAUCAACUUCAUCCAUAAACUAAAACAUCUGCCAGAGAAAUAUAUGAUGAACAGUGUGCUGGAGAACUUCACUAUCUUAUUGGUUGUGACGAAUAGGGACACCCAGGAGACACUGCUAUGUAUGGCGUGUGUGUUUGAAGUUUCAAACAGUGAGCACGGCGCCCAGCAUCAUAUCUACAGACUGGUAAAGGAAUGAGAGGCUCCGAGCUUCCCCCUCCCCUAAUACCCCCCCCCGUCCCCUUUUCAUGGACUUACCAACCUCAAGACAAGUGGCAGUGCCUCUACCUGAAAGUCACACCUACAAUGCUUUUUGGUCAUGGUAUCGGGUGAAGUCAGUUGUUAUAAAUUAGUUUUAAUAUAAUGUGUUUGUUAUUUGACUGCAGCUGUGAAUUGCGGUACAGUUUUAUGUUUGAAAUAUGUUGAGUUGGUUUCUGUUGGGUAUAAAUGUGGCCGUUUUUAAAGAAUUUACUAGAUUAAUUUGGUAAAUGGAAUAAUGUGUCGUCCUCUCUGCUUUGUUAUGUAUACUAAGAAAAAAAAAGGAUGCUGGCCUUUUCUUUCA